CUCGCCACGCACAUCUAUCCUCGCACCACCAGCUCUUGGCGCCGCCGUGAUCGAUCUCCUCCUUGCACGCCGAUCGAGCAACCAUGGACCAGCUCCAGAAGCGCCCCGCCAACUACGUGCCGCUGAGCCCCGUCGGCUUCCUGCCGCGCGCCAAUGCCGUCUACGGCGACCGCCUGUCGGUCGUCUACGGCCGCGUCCGCUUCACCUGGAGCCAGACGUACCACCGCUGCCGCCGCCUCGCGUCCGCGCUCCUCGCGCUCGGCGUCCGCCGCGGCGACGUCGUCUCCGUCCUCGCGCCCAACGUGCCGGCCAUGUACGAGAUGCAUUUCGCCGUGCCCAUGGCCGGCGCCGUGCUCAACACCAUCAACACGCGCCUCGACGCCAACGCCGUCGCCACCAUCCUGCGCCACUCCGAGGCCAAGCUCCUCUUCGUCGACUACGACUACGUGCGCCUCGCCGGCGACGCGCUCCGGCUCCUCGCGGACGCCGGCAGGCCCGUCCCGCUCGUCGCCGUCAUCGACGACCUCGACGCGCCCACCGGGGUCCGACUCGGCGAGCUCGAGUACGAGGGGCUCGUCGCGCACGGCGACCCGGAAGCCGACCUGCCGCCGCUCGCCGACGAGUGGGACGCCGUCACGCUCAACUACACUUCCGGCACCACCUCCGCGCCCAAGGGCGUCGUCUACAGCCACCGCGGCGCGUACCUCAGCACCACCAGCCUGCUGCUGCAGUGGGGGGUGGGCACCGAGCCUGUCUACCUGUGGACGCUCCCCAUGUUCCACUGCAACGGCUGGACCUUCACGUGGGGCAUGGCGGCGCGCGGCGGCGUCAACGUCUGCAUCCGCGACGCACGCCCCGCGGACAUCUACCGCGCCAUCGCGCGCCACCGCGUCACACACAUGUGCUGCGCGCCCGUGGUGUUCAGCAUCCUCCUCGAGGGCGACGCCAACAAGCAGCAGCUCGAGGCCCCGGUUCACGUCCUCACCGGCGGGGCCCCGCCGCCUGCCGCGCUGCUGGAGCGCGUCGAGCGGAUUGGCUUCCGCGUCACGCACGCCUACGGCCUCACGGAGGCAACGGGGCCCGCGCUCGCAUGCGAGUGGCGCGACCAGUGGGACCGCCUGCCGCUUCCGGAGCGCGCGCGCCUCAAGGCGCGCCAGGGGGUCAGCGUCCUGUCCCUCGCCGACGCCGACGUCAAGAACGCCGACACCAUGCAGAGCGUGCCGCGCGACGGAAAAACCGUCGGGGAGAUCGUCCUCCGCGGCAGCAGCGUCAUGAAGGGGUACCUCAACAACCCGAAGGCCAACGAGGAGGCCUUCAAGGGCGGGUGGUUCCUGACGGGCGACGUCGGCGUCGUGCACCAGGACGGGUACAUCGAGAUCAAGGACAGGUCCAAGGACGUGAUCAUAAGCGGCGGGGAGAACAUCUGCAGCAAGGAGGUGGAGGAGGUGCUGUUCCGGCACCCCGCCGUGGCGGACGCGGCGGUGGUUGCGAUGCCGCACCCGCGCUGGGGCGAGACGCCGUGCGCGUUCGUCGUGGCCAGGGACAAGGCCGCCCGCGUCUCCGAGGACGACGUGCUCGCGUUCUGCAGCAAGCGCAUGGCGCGCUUCAUGGUGCCGAAGAAGGUGGUGGUCGUAGAAGCCCUACCAAGAAAUGGGCUGGGAAAGGUCGAGAAGGUCAAGCUCCGUGAUGUGGCACGUAAACUGGCGCCAACAGUGCCGGCACAGAAGCCGAAGGGGAAGACGACGACGACGACAACGACGGUCGGCGGGCGCCGCGACGAGCAGCCGGUGGCGCACAUCAUGGCCGUGUCAAGGUCAAGGCUAUAGCCCUAUACUGUGGUAACCGGUGCUACGCUUCCUUUGCUAUUGCUGCUGAACUGGUACGGUGCUGAUCUGUCAGCUGAAGGUUGGUAAAAAGGAAUAGGAUUUUGGAACUUUUGGCGCCAAAGUUCCAGGAAUAAGAGAAUAGCCUAGUUUAAAUGUUUUGAACUUUUUACGCGCAGUGAUUGUGUAGGAAUGGAUGGGAUGUAUCACUGCCGCCAAAGUAUUUGUUCUUUUAUUUU